AUGUUCCAGCAGUGGCCAGACUUUCCUAUAGAGCUAAAGCUCGAAGUCCUCCAGCACGCACUGCACGAGGAGUCUCCGAUCGCGCAUUCACGCCAUGUCGAGAACCUUCACACUGGCCAGCUAAGUUCUCUCAUCGGCACGCGCAACAAAGAGCUCACACAGCUCGCCAUCGAUACCUACUAUAAAUCAAACACGUUCACCAUCACUCCGAACAUCCUGUCGACCGGCAUCAGAACCGGUGGCCGCGUAUCUGAAGCCCGUGUCUCCAUGUUCCGACCCCGCGUCCAACAAGCCCGACUUAUACAACGCCUGGUUGUCGAAUUGACCACAUGUCUCAAGCAGCAGUUGACUCACCGGUGGUUUAACUACAGAGAGCUUGAGCCCGGCCGUAUGUUCCUCCACCAGAGCAGUCUGUGGAACUUCAUGUUUCGCCUCGACGAGCGCCGGAGGGGUGAACGAUAUUUCCAGUACAUGCGCGAAGACGGCGGGGUUAAGAAACGAACUGAAUGGCAGCGCACGUUCACCUCGCUGAAGAGCUUGGUGCUCCAUGUCCGUUUGGGGCAACGCUACACAUCAUGGGACUUCUUGAAAGAUAUAUGUCAGUGUCACAUGCUGAAUGAUACGAUUCAGAUCCUUGCGUACGGGACGGCGGAUAUCAAAGCCAAGGAUGUGGCUGUGGUGGUGGACAUAGAAGGUUGUCAGAGUGGCAUCUGUCAAGUGGAGAUUGCCGAAGUGCUGCAAGGUAUCCUGACUGGGAACGAAACUGAGUUGGGAGCUUGA